AUGACUGACACAGGAGAGGGAGAUGAAGAAUACCAGUUUUUAAGAACGGGGGAUGACGUGGUUCUGCAGAGUACGUUCACCUCCCAGGAUGAACAUGUGAAGCUCUGUCUUGCUGCUGAGGGAUUUGGCAGCAGACUCUGCAGACUUGAGCCCACCUCUAACUGCAAAAAUGUUCCACCUGAGUUGUCUGUAUGUGGCUUUGUCCUGGCACAGUGUCUCUCUGUUAGAGCCCUUCAGGAGAUGCUGGCCCACAGCCAACACCUGUCUACAGAAAUUGACAUAACCAAACAAAGCUCCCAGGUGGGAGCUGGAGGAAGCCAACGCACCCUUCUGUACGGCCAGGCAGUGUUGUUCCUUCACUCUUAUAGCGGCAUGUAUCUCAGCUGCUUGUCUUCAUCUCAGUCUUCAGCUGACAAGUUGGCUUUUGAUGUCGGUCUACAGGAGGAUAAAGCAGGUGAGACAUGUUGGUGGACUGUCCAUCCAGCAUCCAGACAGCGAUCAGAAGGGGAGAAAGUGCGUGUUGGAGAUGACCUCAUACUGGUCAACGUGUCUUCUGAGAGGUAUCUGCACCUGUCCUUUGGCACUGUUUUUGACAACAAAAGCUUGAGUGACAGCCUGAUUGUUAAUGCAGCCUUCCAGCAGACUCUCUGGAGUGUUGCUCCCAUCUGCUCUGGAGGUGGAGUUGCUCAAGGAUAUCUGAAGGGUGGUGACACAUUGCGGCUACUCCACAGCCACAGUGACGCAUGUCUGACUGUUCCAUCCAUAGAGAAGGGAGAGGAGCUGCAAAGGAUCAUGCAUUAUGAGAGUGGAUCAGUCUGCAGCCAUGCCCGCUCACUCUGGAGGCUGGAGAUUCUUCGUGUUGGCUGGUGUGGAAGGCAUACUUGCUGGGGGCAGCCUUUCCGACUCUGCCAUAUGACCACUGGGAGGUACCUGGGUUUGACAGAGGAGCGAGGCCUGCAUCUGGUUGAUCGGGACAGAGCUGAUGUCAACACAACAUCCUUCUGCUUCCGCUCUUCAAAGGAGAAGCUGGACACUGGCAAAAAGACAAAUAUGGAAGGCAUGGGAACCCCAGAGAUCAAGUAUGGAGACUCCAUUUGUUUUGUUCAGCAUGUAAACUCUGGGCUCUGGCUCACCUACCAAGCUAUUGAUGCCAAAACUACACGCAUGGUAGUGGCUCAGAGAAAGGCCAUUCUGCACAGCGAGGGUCAUAUGGACGAUGGACUGACGCUGUCCCGUUCUCAGAAGGAGGAAUCCCACACUGCCAGACUCAUCCGGAGUGCUACUCUCCUCUUCAGUUGCUUUAUCAGGAAAUUGGAUGUUUCUAGUCAAAACGAACACGUCAUGUCUGCCAGUCUGCCAAUGGAGAAAGUCACACAAAGUCUGCAGGAUCUGAUCGACUAUUUCCAGCCUCCAGCAGAAGGACUUGAGCAUGAAGCUAAACAGAACAACUUGGCAGCACUAAAGAAUCGGCAGAACAUGUUUCAGGAAGAGGGAGUGUUAGACUUGGUCCUGGAUUGUAUUGACCGUCUGCACCAAUAUAGUACUGCUUCUCAUUUUACUGAGGCUGCACAGAUUGACACAGGCGGAGAGUGGGAGACGAUUCUCAACCGUUUCUAUGAGCUAUUGGCUGCUCUGAUUAGAGGAAACCCUGUAAACUGUGCACAUUUUUCAGCUUCUCUAGACUGGCUUAUUAGCAAACUGGAACGACUGGAGGCGUCUUCUGGAGUCUUGGAGGUUCUGCAGUGUGUCCUGGUGGAAAGUCCUGAAGCACUCAAUGUCAUUAAAGAGGGACACAUUCAUUCGAUCAUCUCUUUCCUGGACAAGCAUGGAUGCAACCACAAGGUGCUGGAGGUGCUGUGCUCUCUGUGUGUGUGCCAUGGUGUGGCAGUGCGGUCCAAUCAAAACCUCAUCUGUGACAACCUGCUGCCAGACCGAGACCUGCUGCUCCAAACACGUCUGACUAAUCAGGUCACCAGCAUGAGACCAAACAUCUUCUUGGCUAUGGGGGAAGAUUCAGCCCAACACCGGAGGUGGUACUUUGAGCUAGUUGUGGAUCAUGUUGAGUCCUUCCUCACACCUGAGCCCACACACCUGCGUGUUGGCUGGGCAUGCACAGAGGGUUACCAGCCCAGGCCCACAGGGGGUGAAGCCUGGGGAGGUAAUGGGGUGGGAGAUGACCUCUGCUCCUAUGGAUUUGAUGGACUUCACCUCUGGUCAGGCUGCAUGGGCCGCAGAGUGAGCUCUCCACUCCCUCACCUGCUGAAAGAUGAUGAUGUGGUCAGCUGCUGCCUUGACCUCAGCGCUCCCUGCAUCUCCUUCCGGGUCAACGGUCAACCUGUUCAGGGCAUGUUUGAGAAUUUCAGCGGAGAUGGACUGCUUCAUCCUGUCGUCAGCUUUUCUGCCGGAGUCACGGUUCAUUUUCUGUUUGGGGGUAGGCAUGGAGAGUUUCGUUUCCUGCCCCCACCAGGUUUUGCUCCAUGCUCUGAAAGUUUGCUCCCGAGAGUUAAGCUAAAAGUAGAGCCCUGUCACACAUACAUCUUUGAUCAUGACAAAGGGAAAAAAGAGCUCAUUGGCUCCUUGGUACCUGCCACUCCAGCCACCUUUACUCCCAUGCCAAUGGAUAUCAGCAAGGUGGUAUUGCCUGUACAACUUGAGGGUAUCCGAGAUAAAUUGGCAGAAAACAUCCAUGAACUUUGGGCAAUGGACAGGAUUGAUAUUGGAUGGACAUAUGGACCUGUGAGAGAUGAAACAAACAGACACGAUCCCUCUCUGGUGGAGUUUUCCAAACUUUCAGAGCAGGGGAGGAACCAAAACCUUCAGAUGGCUCAAGACACUCUCAGGACUCUGCUUGCCUUUGGUUUCCACAUGGGCCUGACUGAUUCCAGCGCUGAGGAAAGAGUCAAAUACACGAGAGUGGCUGCCAAGUAUGAGCAGCCCAGUGGCUAUAAACCUGCCCCACUAGACCUAAGGCAGGUUUUUCUCAGCCCAACCCAUGAGGAAUUGGUUAACUUGCUGGCAGAGAAUGAUCACAAUGUAUGGGCCAGAGAGCGUAUCAAGCAAGGAUGGACCUACGCAGCCCAACAGGAUGUGAAAGCCAAGCGGAGCCCGUACCUUGUGCCAUACAGUCUUCUUGAUGAAAGAAGAAGAAGAGUGAGCAUGGAGAGUGUUAGAGAGACUGUUUGUACCCUGUUAGCUUACGGUUACAGCCUGGAGACCCUCAACCACAAAACGACCUUAUUAUCAAACCCUUAUCAUUUCUCUGUGGAGAAAGGCAGAGUGUUCAGACCAGACAAAUCAUACGCUGUGACCCAGGGGAAGUGGUACUUUGAAUUUGAAAUAGUGACUGCUGGGAAAAUGAGAGUGGGCUGGGCUCGACCCGACUAUACACCAGAUAAGGAGCUCGGCUCGGAUGACCAGGCAUUUGUCUUUGAUGGAUUUGAGGCUCAGUGGUACCAUCAGGGUGUUGAGCCACUGGGACGACCAUGGCAGAGAGGUGAUGUGGUGGGAUGCCUGGUGGACAUGGCUGAAUGCACAAUGAUGGUCACGCUCAAUGGAGAGAUGCUGUUUAAUGACAGAGGAUCAGAACUGGCUGCCAAGGACUUCGAUGUCAGAGACGGUUUGUUGCCUGUGGUCAGUGUUGAGGUGAACCAGGUGGGGAGGCUAAACCUUGGUCGCCAAGUGGACUCUCUGCAGUACUUUACAGUGUGUGGCCAGCAAGAGGGUUAUGAUCCUUUUGCUGCCAACAUGUCUAGAGACCCAGCCCUGUGGAUGAGUUGGAAGCAGCCUCAGUUUACCUCCAUACUGCCUGAUAAUCAUAAUUUACAGGUCACCAGAGUCAGUGGCUCGACAGAUUCCUUAUCCAGCCUGAGGGUUUCUCAGCGGUUGUUUGCACACCAUGGUGGAGGCAGUGAGAUAGGCUUUUACCGGCUCAGCAUGUCCAUUGAAUGUGCUGCUAUCCUUAAGAGCCCUGCAGGGGGCGUGCUUCCUGUGGCCUCCAACUCUCUCUCUCCAGGAAGAAAAGAUCAGGAGGAGGUGGACUCUGACUUUGAAGUUUUGAUGAAGUCAGCCCACAAUUUUGCGGGCUCAAGAGAUGAGCUCAAUCAUAAGGAUCAUAGUCACGACAAAACCUCAAGACUGAAACAACGCUUCAUGCUUAAGAAGACCAAACCAGGCCUGGUCAACAGCAACUCCUCCGCACGGCUUCUGGAAGAUGUCGUCGUUGACAAGGAUAAUCACGAUCACCUUAUUCAGAGCUCCAGAUAUUAUUACUCAGUGAGGGUCCUCCCCGGUCAGGAGCCGUUCAAUGUUUGGGUUGGCUGGGUAACAUCGAACUUUCAUCAACAUGAUGUCACUUUUGAUGCUGACAAUGUCCAAACUGUGACUGUCACCCUGGGAGAUGACAGUGGCAAAGUCCAGGAAAGUGUGAAGCGUUGUAACUCUUACAUGGUUUGUGCUGGAGAGGCAACAGGUCUGUCUCAGAGUCGCAGAAGUGCAGGGCUGGAAAUUGGCUGUUUAAUCGACACGUCCACUGGGCUGCUCACGUUUACCUCCAGUGGAGUAGAGAUGGCAACCUUCUAUCAAGUUGAGGCCGGUUCAAAGCUGUUUCCUGCUGUUUUUGUGAAACCCACCACCAGCAACAUGUUUCAGUUUGAACUUGGACGCGUUAAGAAUGUGAUGCCCCUUUCAGCAGGUUUGCUGCGCAGCCAAAGAAGGAAUGCAACUCCUCAAUGUCCUCCGAGGUUUCAGGUGCAGAAACUCAGCCCGGUUUUAUGGACCAGGAUACCGGACUGCACACUUAGGGUGAUGGUGGAUCGGCCAGAUGAGUGCCAUGGAUGGAGAGUCCAAUGCUCUGAGCCCCUUCAAGUCAUGUGUCUUCAUAUCCCUGAUGAAAACAGGUGUGUUGACAUUUUGGAGCUGUCGGAACGUGAAGACCUCUUUACAUUUCACCAACAUACUCUCCUCCUGUACUGCUGCUUAUGCGCCCUUGGAAACACCAGGGUUUGUCAUGCCCUCUGCAGUCACGUGGACCAAUCCCAGAUGCUUCAUGUCAUCCAGAAUCCCCACCUCCCUGGGCAACUCCGCUCUGUAUUUUACCAGCUGCUGACUCAGGUUCACCUCAGCAGCCACUUUACGGCAUGUCUUAUGAUGAACCAGGAAUAUAUUGUACCUAUGACUGAUCAGACCAGAGAAAUAACACUUUUUCCGAGCCCUGCUAAUGCAGGUAACGCUCAACCUCCAGAUGCAAGGCAAGGCAUUCCCAGCUCUUGUUUUAGCCCAUCCCUUAAACCACAGAUGCACUUCUCAUCUCCUUGUUUUGUCAGGAGUGAUGGUUUGGAAGGAGAUUGUGCAGUUGAAGUAUCCUGCUCAGACAGCCCAGAGAUCCCUCUGGACAUAGUGAAAAAUCUGACUGUAGAGAUGCUGACUACUGGAGUGUGUGCUGUGGGUCAGGGUGUGAGGGAUCCUGUAGGAGGCAGCAUUGAGCUUCUGCUGGUCCCUCUAAUUAGACUGUUCUACACCCUGCUGGUUAUGGGGGUAUUUGGGGAUGAAGACCUUGGGAAAGUUCUGAGACUGAUAGAGCCACGAGUCUUUUCAAUAGAUGCUGAAACCCCUGAGGAGGAAGAGGAAGAAGAAUUGAGUGAUGAUGAAAAAGAAUGGAAAGGGGGACAGAAUAAAGACGGUGAAAGUCUGAAACAGGGACUUCUACAUAUGAAGCUUCCAGAGGCUGUCAAAAUUGAGCUCUGCUAUCUUCUGUCCUACCUGUGUGACUGCCAAGUGCGCCACAGGAUAGAGUCUGUCAUUGCCUUCUCUGACAACUUUGUGGGUCAACUGCAGGAGAACCAAAGCUUUCGCUACAACCAGGUCAUGCAAGCACUCAACAUGUCAGCCGCUCUCACUGCCCGCAAGACCAAGGAGUUCCGCUCUCCUCCGCAGGAGCAGAUCAACAUGCUGCUGGGCUUCAGACAUGAUGAGCAGCAGGAGAACUGUCCCUGCCCUGUUGAAAUUCAACAACUCCUGCAAGACUUUCAUCACCUUCUCAACACACACUGUGGAAUUGAAACGGACAAUGACGCAGAGGAUGAAGAGGUUGCUGAGAUGUCAGUAAAAGAUCGACUUCUCAGUCUGGUGGGAAGUGUCCUUGGGUUGAAGAAGAAACCCAUAGAGGCAGAGGAGAGUAGGCUGCAGAGUGCCAAGUCCCUGAAAAAGCUCAUCUCUGAGACAAUGGUGCAUUGGGCCAAAGAGACUGAGAUGGAGGACCCUGAACUUGUAAGAGCCGUAUUCACUUUGCUGCAUCGCCAGUAUCAGGGCCUAGAGGGGCAAAUGGCGGGACCCCUCUCCAGAGCCUAUACGAUCAGCCAGAUUUCAGAAGAGGACACCAUGGCACUCCUCUCCUCCCUGAGCCAAAUCCGUUCCCUUCUCAGUGUCCGAAUGGGGAAGGAAGAGGAGAGGCUGAUGAUCAGAAAACUAGGAGACAUCAUGAAUAAUAAAGUUUUUUACCAGCACCCUAAUCUAAUGAGGGCUUUGGGGAUGCAUGAGACCGUGAUGGAGGUGAUGGUCAAUGUCUUGGGAGAAGGAGAAUUAAAGGAGAUCACCUUUCCCAAAAUGGUGGCCAGCUGCUGUCGUUUCCUCUGUUAUUUUUGCCGCAUUAGCCGUCACAACCAGGGAGCCCUGUUUGAUCAUCUCAGAUACCUGCUUGAAAACAGCAGCGUUGGACUUGCUUCACCAUCGAUGCGGGGAGCCACUCCUCUGGAUGUAGCAGCAGCCUCUGUAAUGGAUAAUAAUGAACUGGCAUUAGCACUGAAGGAACUUGACCUACAGAAGGUGGUGCAGUACCUAGCUGACUGUGGUCUCCAGAGCUGUCAGAUGCUCGUGGCUAAAGGCUAUCCUGAUAUUGGAUGGAAUCCUGUGGAGGGCGAGCGUUAUGUUGAUUUCCUGCGUUCUGCUGUUUUCUGCAAUGGUGAGAGUGUAGAGGAGAAUGCUUAUGUGGUGUUAAAACUGUUGAUUCGUCGGCCUGAGUGUUUUGGCCCUGCACUGCGAGGUGAUGGUGGAAACGGUCUCCUUGCAGCCAUGGAGGAAGCCAUCAGGAUCUCAGAGGACCCUUCUAUGGAUGGACCUUGCACCAUGUACCAGUCCAACAGAACACUAGAUGUGGUCCAGGACAAUGAUGAUGACCUCAUUCACAUGGGGCACGCCAUCAUGACCUUCUACUCAGCUCUUAUUGACUUGCUGGGCCGCUGCGCGCCUGAGAUGCAUUUGAUUCAAGGAGGAAAAGGAGAAGCUAUCCGUAUCAGGGCCAUUCUGAGGUCACUCAUCCCCAUCCAGGAUCUUGAGGGAGUCAUCAGCAUUUCCUUUGAAAUCCCUUCAGUGGCUAAAGAUGGUCUGGUGGAUGAGCCAGACCUCUCUACAGUGUUCUGUCCUGACCACAAGGCAGCCAUGGUCUUGUUUCUGGACCGAGUUUACGGCAUUGAGAACCAGAAUUUUCUUCUCCACCUACUUCAAGUUGGCUUUCUGCCCGACCUUCAGACAGCCGUGUCUCUUGACGCUGCUGACUUAGGCUCCACUGAUAUGGCCUUGGCCCUCAACAGAUACUUGUGUACAUCUGUUCUUCCCUUGCUCACCAAAUGUUCAGAUCUCCUCUGUUCUGUUGAGGACCAUGCCUCGCUGGUGGAUGCUCUUAUCCAGGCAAUCUACAACCUCUCACGGGCUCUCAGCCUGACCAAGGCUCAGCGAGACACUAUUGAGGAUUGUUUGUUGGCAGUGUGCAGUAAACUCCAACCAUCUAUGAUGCAGCCUCUUCUUAGACGUCUGGUCUUCGAUGUCCCCAAGCUCACAGACUACAGCAAAAUGCCGCUAAAGCUCUUGACCUGUCACUAUGAGCAAAGGUGGAAAUACUACUCGCUAGCAGGGGGACAGGAUGACCAGAGUUCUGCCUCUGAAGAGGAGCUCCACCUGUCCAGAAAGCUGUUCUGGGGUGUCUUUAAGGCCUUGGCAAAGAAGCCCUAUGAGCCUCAGUUAUUCCCACUCUGUGUUCAAAGCCUAGCUGCUGUGGCUAAGGCCAUUCCUCCUGACCACAUGGACUCGAGCUGCACGCCUCAUAGUGAGAGAAAAGCCUCCACAGACACAGAAGGACACUUUGAACUUCAGCCUGUAGAUACAUCCAAUGUGUCAGUGCCAGAGAGACUGGAGUUCGUGGUUAAUAAGUAUGCAGAGCACACUCACGAGAAGUGGUCACUGGACAAGUUUGCCAAUGGUUGGGUUCAUGGAGAGCAGCUCUGUGAGAACACUAAGGUUCAUCCUCUCCUCAAGCCAUACAGGGCUCUGGCUGAGAAGGAGAAGGAGGCAUACCGCUGGGCCAUUAAGGAGACGAUAAAGAGUAUGCUCGCCUUUGGAUGGACGAUAGAGAGGACUAAAGAGGGAGAGGCAUUUGGAACACAUACCUGUUCACGCAGAGUCUCUCAGUCUGGACAGCUGUCGUUUGAGGGAGCAUCAACUUUUAGCCCCAAGUCUUUGGACAUGAGCAGCAUCACCUUAUCGUGGGACCAGUGUGCUAUGGCGGAACAUUUGGCUGAGAACUACCACAAUGCCUGGGCUAAGAAGAAGAAAUUGGAGCUUGAGAGUAAAGGGGGUGGCCAUUCAAUGUUUGUACCCUAUGACACCCUGAGUGCUAAGGAGAAAACCAAGUUCAGAGAGAGGGCCCAAGAUAUCCUCAAGUUUCUUCAGCUUAAUGGCUACACUGUGUGGAGGGAUCGGAGGACUGGGGAGUUGGAAUUUCAAGCUGUAGCCAAUUGCUUCAGCUACACUCUUCUUCGGCGCCUGCUGUCUUACACUGAGGAGUGUCAGGAGCACAUGCUGGAGCUGGAGGUGAUGCAAGCCAGAGGACAGAUGUCUAAAGGAGAGAGAGCUCCACAACAGCAACUAUUAAAUUUUUUUUCCAAGGUUGUCCUUCCUCUUUUGGAACAAUAUGUGAAGAGCCAUCGUCUGUAUUUCCUGUCUACUUCUCUCUGCUCAAGCGGAAAUCAAAGCCAUGCCUCAAAAAGAGAAAAAGAGAUGAUUGCAAGCCUCUUUUGUAAGCUUGCAACUCUAGUGAGACACAGGAUCUCUCUCUUCGGUAACGAAGGCUCACAAGUUGCAAGCUGCCUCCAUGUUUUGGCUCAGGCUCUGGAUGCUAGGACAUUAAUGAAAUCAGCCCCAGAGUCUAUCCAAGCGUCUCUGCACUCAUUCUUUGAAGCAGCUGCAGCUGACCUGGAGAUGAUCGUGGAAAACCUCUCUGUGACCUUGGUCUGUUUACCUCAGAGUAGGAGUCAGCAGGCUAAAGGAGUGGCCAAGGUUCUCAGCUACAGCAGCUCCAUUCUUGUGCCCACCCUCACUUCUCUCUUUCGGCAUCUUUGCAUCCAAAACUUUGGCGAGGACCUCCUGUUGGGGAGUAUCCAGGUGUCCUGUUACAGAAUCCUCAACAGCCUGUACUCACUUGGCACCAGUAGCAGCAUCUACAUGGAGGGGCAGAGGCCAGCAGCAGGUGCUUGUCUGGCAGCCCUGACUGGGACUUUCCCUGUAUGCUUCCUGGAGCCUUCCUAUAAUCAUAACAACCCCUACUCCAUUUACAACACCAUGAAUGCUUCUGAAAGAGAAGACCUGGGGCUUCUCGAUCAGGUUGAGGACAUGUGUCCCCUCCUGCCCUCUCUGGAUCAGGCCCUGGGGGAGGUGGAGGAGUUGGCAUGUGCUGGUGCUGGCGCUCGCCUAGCCCCUUACAUCCAUGUCACAGAGGUCACCUUGCCCAUGCUGUGCAACUACAUGUCUCUCUGGUGGCACUGGGGCCCAGAGGGACAGCAAGAAAGCCCAAUAUGCACCUCUAUCACUUCUCAGCAUGCAAGUGACCUACUUGGCCACAUCCUCCGUGUUAUCCACAACCAUGUGGGAGCUAGCCAGUGUGAGUGGAUGAAACAGCUGGCAGUUUUCUCUCAGCCUAUCAUAUGUAAAGCCAACUCUGAGCUGUUAAAGAGCCACUUUCUUCCACUGAUGGAGAAGUUGAAGAAAAGGGCCGGAUGCGUGCUGCUGGAGGAAGAGCAGAUGAAAGCAGAAGUGUGUGAUACAUCUGAAGCAGAGCUGCAGCUACAGGAGAAGUUUACUGUACUGGUGCGAGACCUUUACGCCUUCUACCCCCUUCUCAUCCCAUUUGUGGAUUCUAAUCGAGCCAGCUGGCUGAAAGAGUCAAACCCUGAUGCUGAGCAGCUGUUCAGCAUGGUGGCAGAGGUCUUCACUUUCUGGGCCAAAUCACAUAAUUUUAAAUGGGAGGAGCAGAACUAUGUGGUCCAAAAUGAAAUCAACAACUUGGCUUUUUUAGUCAACAAAGACAACAUGUCCAAGUUCGACCAUGACAAAAGGAGGAUGAAGAGGAAGGGGGACUGUUAUUCCACACACACCUCUCUCAUAGUGGCUUCUAUGAAGAGACUUCUCCCUGUGGGACUGAGGGUUUGUUUUCACAACGACCAGAUCCUUCUUGUGUUGGCUAAGAAGGGCUUCACCCAGAAGAAGACUGAGGAUGAGAUUCGAGAGGAUGUUUUCAAUUACCUCAACCAUCUUCAGAGUGAGACUUCAAACUGCUUUGGGCAGGAGGCUGUUAAUGCAGUACACCCACGCCUGUUUGGGGCAAUCGCUGAAACCAAAGAGACUGUUGACAAGAUUUUGGAAAUUGCACGUGUCCUGUAUUACCUGGAUCAGGUCGAACACCCUCAGAAAAGUAAAAAACCUGCUUGGCACAGGGUCUUAUCCAAACAGAGGAAACGAGCGGUGGUGGCCUGUCUGAGAAUGGCUCCUCUCUACAACCUACCAAGGCACAGGGCUGUCAACCUCUUUAUCCAAGGCUACAAUAAAUCCUGGAUAUCUGCUGAGGACCUCAGCUUUGAGGAGAAGCUUGUUGAGGAUUUAGCUAAGGGAGGAGUGACAGAGUUGUGUGGAGGCGACAGAGAGGAAGAAAAGGAUGUGGGAGACGUUGCCAAACCAAUCGAUCCCCUCCUACAGCUCAUUACACUCUUCAGUCGAAGCGCCCUGACAGAAAGGAGAAAGCUUGGAAAUGACAGUCUGUAUAAGUCUUAUGCUUCAAUCAUGGCAAAGAGCUGCCAAAGUGAAGACGCUGAUGAUGAAGAGCAGGAGGCCAAAAGCUUUGAAGAGAAGGAGAUGGAGAAACAGAAGCUGCUUUACCAGCAGGCCAGGCUGCAUCGUCGUGGAGCUUCUGAGAUGGUCCUCCAAACCAUCAGUGCCAGCAAAGGGGCCAUGGGUGCGAUGAUCGCCCCCACAUUGAAGCUGGGCAUAUCUGUUCUGAGUGGAGGGAAUGCCACUGUUCAACAGAAAAUGCUGGAUUAUCUGAGAGCGAAGCAAGAUGUUGGCUUCUUUCAGAGCAUGGCUGGACUAAUGCUGUCAUGUAGUGUUCUGGAUCUGAAUGCAUUUGAGAGACAGAACAAAGCUGAAGGAUUAGGCAUGGCCAUGGAUGAGAGCUCAGGAGAGAAGGUGAUGCCUGACAAAGACGUAACCUGCGACCUGUUCCGUUUUUUACAACUGCUCUGUGAAGGACACAACUCAGAUUUCCAGAAUUACCUGAGAACACAAACAGGCAACAACACCACUGUCAACAUCAUAAUAUCCACUGUGGACUAUUUACUGAGAGUGCAGGAGUCGAUCAGCGACUUUUACUGGCACUAUUCAGGGAAAGAUGUGAUUGAUUUCCACGGCCAACAAAACUUCUCCAAGGCCAUUGAAGUGGCUAAACAGGUCUUCAACACACUCACAGAAUACAUACAGGGUCCAUGUACCGGGAACCAACAGAGUCUUGCUCACAGUCGCCUGUGGGACGCUGUUGUGGGAUUCCUCCAUGUCUUUGCUCACAUGCAGAUGAAGCUCUCUAAGGACUCAAGGCAAAUUGAGCUGCUGAAGGAGCUCAUGGAUCUACAAAAGGACAUGGUUGUGUUUCUGCUUUCCAUGCUAGAAGGUAACGUUGUCAAUGGAAUGAUCGGAAAGCAGAUGGUGGAUAUGUUGGUGGAGUCAUCAGGAAAUGUGGAGAUGAUCCUGAAGUUUUUUGACAUGUUUCUUAAACUUAAAGACCUCACCUCCUCUGAAGCAUUCAGGGAGUACGACCCUGAUCAUAAGGGAUGUAUCUCCAGGAAGGACUUCCAGAAAGCAAUGGAGAACUGCAAGCGUUUCUCACAAACUGAGACUCACUUCCUCCUCUCCUGCUCGGAGGCUGACGAUAGUGAUAUUGUGGAUUAUGAGGCGUUUGUGGAUCGCUUCCAUGAGCCAGCCAAAGACAUCGGCUUCAGCAUUGCUGUUCUCCUUACCAAUUUGUCCGAACACAUGCCAAAUGAUAUAAGACUAAGGACAUUCCUGGAACUGGCAGAGUGUGUCCUGACUUACUUCCAGCCCUAUCUGGGACGUAUAGAGAUCCUCGGCAGUGGGAAGCGCAUUGAACGUGUCUACUUUGAAAUCAGUGAAUCCAGCCGCACACAAUGGGAGAAGCCUCAGGUGAAAGAGUCCAAGAGGCAGUUCAUUUUUGAUGUCGUCAAUGAGGGUGGCGAGAAGGAGAAAAUGGAGAUGUUUGUCAAUUUCUGUGAGGACACCAUCUUUGAGAUGCAGCUUGCUGCCCAGAUCUCUGGCUCUGACACUGGAGAGAGGUGUGUUGAAAAAGAAGAUGGGAGUGAAGACGAAGGUCAUGACAACAAAGGAAUUUUCUUCCUUUAUCAGUGGAUGUUGUUGCUGACAUCUUUACUUUCUGUCAAAAACCUGAAAUUCAUAAUGAAGAUGUCAUUGAAGGAUAUCCUCAUGUCAGCUCUUUUCUUGCUCAGAUUCAUUGUUAUGGCUCAGGUUCGGUGUGUUUGUGCCGUGGUUCACAGCAUCUUAUAUGUGCUGUAUAUAGCUUUUGUCAGUGGUGGGCUUAUAGAGGCAGCCAAAAGGAUGAAAAUAUCUGACUUGCUGGGUGGGAUCCUGGAACCAACUCUUGAUGAGGUCAUGGAGGUGCCAAGCGGUGUGGAUCGUCUGAGGAAGUACCCUGGCAGUUUUUCUUCCCAGAGAGAGUUGAGGGAGGUUGGGCAGGAGGCAGCUGUGACCUCCCCCAGGGACGUGGAUGUACUGUCAGACAUAUUUGGCCUCCAAGUGAAGAAAGAGGGAGGUCAAUACAGACUUAUAACACAAGACCUCACUGCCAGUCUGUCUGACCUGUUCAACACAGCCUCCAGAGCAAUUUCCACCACUGAUUUUUCUGAGAAGCAGCAGCAGCUUAAAGCCCACACCGCCACAGAGGAAAAACCAGAAGAUGAGGAAAUACAUCUCACAAAAGGGAAGGAAUCUGAAAAGAAAACGGGGAAGGAGGAAGCUGAAGCAGAAUUAACAUCCAAGAAAUGCUCUCACAAGUCGGAGGAAAAGGAUAGCCAACGGUCUGCUCUCUUGGAGAUUAUAAGCACUCACAACAAGAGCCUGCUGAAUUAUUUUGCAAGGAAUUUUUACAAUAUGCGGUUGCUGGCUUUGUUUGUCGCCUUUGCAAUCAAUUUCAUCCUCCUCUUCUACAAGGUCGCAUCCUUGCCUGCAUCACAAGAAGAGAAAGAAGUGAUCGCAUCUGAUUAUACUGAGGAACUGAGCUCUCCUGCUGAAGAUGACAAUGAGGGCAAAGUUUAUUUUGUGCUCGAGGAGAGCAGUGGAUACAUGGAGCCGUCACUCCAUUUCCUGGCUGUAGCACACACAGUCAUCUCCUUCUGUUGUAUGAUUGGUUACUACUGCCUUAAGGUACCAUUGGUUAUUUUCAAACGUGAGAAGGAAGUGGCACGAAGGCUGGAGUUUGAUGGGCUGUAUGUGACAGAGCAACCGCCUGAGGAGGACAUCAAAGGGCAAUGGGACCGACUGGUCAUAAAUACACCAUCCUUUCCGAGUUAUUACUGGGAUAAAUUUGUGAAGAGGAAGGUGAUGGAUAAGUACGGUGACUUCUAUGGCUGUGAGAAGAUCAGUGAGCUCCUGGGUCUGGACCAAACCGCUUUAGACUUCAGCUCUGAGAGAGAAGAAAGGAUGAGGCUCGAGAGAGAUACUGCCUGGAGUGCUCUAUUUCACUCCAUUGAUGUGAAGUACCAGGUCUGGAAACUGGGAGUUGUGUUCAUUGAUAAUUCCUUUUUGUACUUGGCCUGGUACAUGACCAUGUCAGUUUUGGGCCAUUAUAACAACUUCUUCUUUGCUGCCCACCUUUUGGACAUCGCCAUGGGCUUUAAGACACUUCGUACGAUCCUUUCUUCUGUCACACACAAUGGGAAACAGUUGGCGCUGACUGUUGGCCUGUUGGCGGUUGUGGUCUAUCUCUACACCGUUGUGGCCUUCAACUUCUUCAGGAAGUUCUACAACAAGAGUGAUGACGAUGACACCCGGGACAUGAAGUGCAAUGACAUGCUAACUUGCUACAUGUUCCACAUGUAUGUGGGAGUGCGUGCUGGCGGGGGCAUUGGCGACGAGAUUGAGGACCCAGCUGGAGAUGAGUUUGAAGUGGAACGCGUUGUCUUCGACAUUACAUUUUUCUUCUUUGUCAUCGUCAUCCUCCUGGCUAUCAUCCAGGGCUUGAUAAUUGAUGCCUUUGGGGAGCUGCGUGACCAGCAGGAGCAGGUGAAAGAGGAUAUGGAGACCAAAUGUUUUAUAUGUGGAAUGGGAAGUGAAUACUUUGAUAAAGUCCCCCAUGGCUUUGAGACUCACACUCUUCAGGAACACAACCUAUCCAACUAUCUAUUUUUUCUGAUGUACCUUAUAAACAAGGAUGAAACUGAACACACAGGGCAGGAAUCCUUUGUGUGGAAAAUGUACCAGGAGCGUUCCUGGGAAUUCUUUCCUGUGGGAGACUGUUUCCGUAAGCAAUAUGAGGAUCAACUGGGAUGAAAAGAAAUCAGAGAGAUCUAAAGCCUCCCUAGAUAACUCCAUCACGCAGAAGCCAUUUUGAUUGAAUACCUUUGACUCACUGAAUUACCUUGAGUUUUCAUGUCUGCACCGCAUUGAUUUUUGAAGUGAUUUUCUAUACUUUAUUCAUGUCUCGUUCUUUCUUUUACAUGCUUUCUACACUUAUGCACAGUAGUAUUUCUAAAGUAUUCAUUAAAUUAUUGUAAAACUAAAGAGGGGGGAGUCUAAUUCAGAUUUGCUGUUCUGAUGUGUCUCUGUAAAGCUCAUAUUUUAUUUAAGGAAGUGAUUUGUCUUUGUAAGAACAACCUCCCAUCCCUCUCCCCUGUGUGACAUCCAGAUAAACACUCUCCCUAUGGCUGUUGUUCUUUUUACCCUCCUCUUGUCUGCUCUGCUUGUCUCUUUACACCUCCCCCCCUGCAGCUUUUCUCUAUGACUGUCCAUUAUCCUCAGCUCUUUCCCUUCUCAUUAUCAGUCAUGAUGGAGCAUGACAGCAGGUCUCAAAGUGCUCAACUCCAAAUAUUGCCAUAGAAGCGUAUAACCUAACUUAAUGACACAAUUUGCCGCUGUCUCUGAUGGAUGAGAACAACUCUGGGGAUCCUCUGGCAUUACUCAGUGACUAAAGGAUCAAGUGGCAGGUGUUAUUUAAGUGUUAAAAAGUGUGUGUUUGUAUGUGUGUGUGU